GCAAGAUGCCACAGAACUGCCUGCAAAUCGGACUCACUUCGAGUUCUGGGGAUGAACUUGAUAGAUUGCGCGAACAUGGUUAUUGUAAAAGCAGCACAAGAAACGCCAUGGCUGGCACUGAGUUACGCGUGGGGCGUCGAACACCAAAAGAGAGACCUUGAAAGAUAUCGCGCAGGCUCAAGGUUAUCUAUGAGGAUCCCCAAUACCAUCAGAGAUGCCAUCAUCGUCACACUACGGCUUGAUUAUCGGUUCCUGUGGGUUGACGAGUAUUGCAUCGAUCAGAACGACGAAAUCCACCGAAGUGAACAAAUCAGCAGAAUAGAUCAGAUCUAUCAAGGUGUAGAUCUCACUAUCGUAGCUGUAGCUGGCACGAAUAAGAUGUAUGGCUUGCCAGGUGUUGGAUCCACGAAACGCACGGAGGGAAAUGUUGUCUACAUUGGAGACGUCAUUGUUUUCGCGAAUAGAAUCAUGCCGCACACUGAAACUACACGAUCGAAAUGGUUCACUCGAGCAUGGUAA